AUGGCGAUGCGCGCGCUGUACAACGAGAUCCGCGCGAUGAAGGUGCGCGAUGUGCCGGCGUACCUCAAACCGCGCCUCACCUGGGAGAACGUGAAGAAGAGCACCGACCAGGCGGUGGACCGCUACAUCGAGAAAUCACACAGUGUGUUGCGUUGGCUAUGCAUAGUUUGGGACUGUGGUGACAGCUGUAUCAACCUUCAAGUUACUGCAGGCCAUCUUUUUGGAUCACCAUUUUGUGCAUUUAUGAAGUUGCAUAGCACCAUAUGA